UCGUUUAGACUUUUCUUCAUAACAGUACUUACCAUGUGAACGAAUCCAGCUUUAAAGUCGCAAAUUGUUACUGAUGAUGAUCCAUUGGAAUCCCCGUGAUAAUCUUUCGGAUUCACACUCUGUAUUAACCCCAAUAUCUCAUCACGUGAUCUCGGGUUAGAUUACACUUGGAAUUGUCUCGGAGACAGAGAGCGUGAGGGACAGGAGAGAUGGGAAACAGUAUGGGAGGGAAGAGGCGAGCCAAAGUGAUGAAGAUAAACGGCGACACCUUCAAAUUGAAGACCCCGGUUAGAGUCGGGGACGUCGUGAAGGACUACCCGGGGCACGUCCUGAUGGACUCCGAGGCCGUCAAGCAUUUCGGCAUCCGGGCGAAGCCGCUCGAGCCCCAGCAAGAGCUCAAGCCCAAGAAGGUGUACUUCCUCGUCGAGCUGCCCAAGUUCCCAGAGGAGGACAACAAGUUCCCGAGGCGGGUCCGGUCCACGGGCAUCCGGAUGAGCGCCAAGGACCGGCUCGAGUGCCUGAUGCUGUCGCGGAGGGCGGCGUCCGACCUCUCGCUUGCCAGGCCGCCGCCGCCGAGCCUGGGGUCAGAGGGCGGGGACGGGCGGCCGCGGCGGGGCGAGGGGCCGCUGACGGUGAAGAUGAGGCUGACGAGGGCGGAGAUGGCUAAGUUGGUGGCGGAGAGCAGGGAUGAGAAGGAGGUGGCGGAGAGGAUCAUGAGCCUGUGUUACGGUGAUGAGAAUGCGUCGCAACAAGGAGGUCCGAAUUGGACGCCUGGUCGUGGUGGCACUAGAGAAAAGAGCAGCAGCAUCAAGUUGCCCGAGAAGAGGGUGAGGUUUAAUGCGACGGAAGGAGGAGAGAUCCGCCCGGAAAUUCAAUCCGAGUCAUCGUAAGAUCGAUUUGAGGCGCAAUCUAGUGCGAGGAUCUCGUGGAUGGAGACGUCGUGUUCCGAGAGCACAUGUACACGGCGGCGGUUGAGCAAAGCUCCUUAAGGGCCCGUUCCGCAAAUUCUAAACCCCGUGUCUAAGUCCUAUUCUCCCCUUUCACUAGUAGGCUUUGAAUAUUCUUCUUUAGGUAGCUUUGAUGUUGUUAGUCAAAAAGGUGGACUCCGUGAUGCAAGGAGUCGCAUCGCAGAUCCUGGCGGAUAUGGCGGCAACAAUCUUGUAAUUAGGCUCCGUACGCCGAUAUUUACGACUUAGUUCACAUGAA